AAGAAAAAUAACUAGUUCAAGAACAGCACACUAAUACAGCCCUCAAUGUCCGAAAUCUCACCUAUGAGCGCGCACACGUAUAUAAAGCAGAAUAUUUUCUUCCCUUUUCUUCUUCUUACUUAGAAGAACCCCUCGGAGGAAAUAAUUUCAAGUUCAAGUUUGCAAAUUGCAAAUUCCCCAUUUUCCACUCGAUUAUAUCCUAUGGUUAAUUGUGUUUCCAAGGCCUGGGUAUUAAAUCCGCGAGAAAGAAGUUGAGAGAAUAUGUGAUUUCUAACGUAUUUCCCAUCCGGGCUUUGUUGUUUGCAUGCAAAUUUUAACUUGUUUUUGGUGAAUUUUGAAGAAAAAAUGGAUCUUGGAGUGAAACCCGUGUCUUUUACAAGUUCAAGUGCUUCUUGGAAGUCUGCCGACGGAGUUCCAGACCAGUUUCCGGCGGGUCUGAGAGUGCUUGUUGUGGAUGACGACCCCACUUGUUUGAGGAUCUUGGAGAAGAUGCUAAAGAAUUGUCUGUAUGAAGUUACUACAUGCAAUCGAGCAGAGGUUGCCCUUAAGUUUCUCAGGGAUAACAAAAAUGGCUAUGACAUUGUUAUAAGCGACGUACACAUGCCUGAUAUGGAUGGUUUUAAACUUUUAGAGCAUGUUGGACUCGAGAUGGAUCUGCCAGUUAUCAUGAUGUCGGCGGAUGAUAGCAAAAAUGUUGUGAUGAAGGGUGUUACCCAUGGAGCUUGUGACUAUCUUAUAAAACCAGUUCGUAUGGAGGCAUUGAAGAACAUAUGGCAGCACGUGGUUCGGAAGAAGAAGCAUGAGUGGAAGGAAAAGGAUUUUGAACAGUCAGGAAGUGUGGAUGAAGUGGAAAGGCAGCACAAACCACCCGAAGAUGUAGAUUAUUCCUCGUCGGCUAAUGAAGGAAAUUGGAAAAAUUCCAAGAAAAGGAAGGAUGAGGAAGAUGAAGCAGAAGAAAGGGAUGAUUCAUCCACAUUGAAAAAGCCACGGGUUGUUUGGUCAGUGGAGCUCCAUCAGCAAUUUGUAACUGCUGUUAAUCAACUUGGAAUAGACAAGGCUGUUCCUAAGAAAAUCCUGGAAUUAAUGAAUGUUCCUGGUCUUACAAGAGAGAAUGUUGCAAGCCAUCUUCAGAAGUAUCGCCUGUAUCUCAGAAGGCUAAGUGGUGUAUCGCAGCAUCAGAAUGGAUUAGGUAGCUCUUUCAUGGGACCCCCAGAUGCGCCAUUUGGACCAAUGUCUUCGCUCAGUGGUGUUGAUCUUCAAGCUCUUGCUGCUUCAGGCCAACUCCCACCCCAAAGUCUUGCUACAAUUCAGGCAGCUGCACUUGGUAGGGCUGCUACAAAGUCUGCCAUACCUGUACCUCUCAUUGAUCAAAGAAAUAUUUUCAGCUUUGAAAAUCCAAAGUUAAGGUUUUUGGAUGGGCAGCAACAACAAAACAAUAACAGUAAGCAAGUGAGCUUACUGCAUGGAAUCCCGACAAAUAUGGAUUCAAAACAGCUAGCUACUUUGCACCAAUCUGCGCAGUCCUUUGGUAGCAUGAAUAUGCAUGUCCACUCCCAGGCAAGCCAAAGCAACUCCUUGCUGACUCAGAUGGUUCAACCGCCGUCGAGGGCUCAAAUUUUAAACGAAAUCAAUGGAAGCCAUGCGCUGAAUUUGCCAUCAUCUGCAGGUCAACCUGUUUUGUCACAGGCAGUUCCUAAUGCUGUCUUGGGCCAGAAUGGAAUUGAGAAUGUUCGUAGACCAGCAUUUACUUCUGUUUCCCAGCCCUCUACAGUUGUAGAUUUCUCAAGGAGUCAGAGCACAGAGUUUCCAGAGAAUAGCUUUUCGCUUGUGAGUAAUUCAGGAAUAUCGAAUCUCACUUCUAAGCUUCAAGAUGAAGUUAACUCAGAAAUGAAAGCAUCUAGAGGCUUUGUUCCUAAUUAUGAUGUUUUCAAUGAUAUCAAUCAGAAUAGAACCCAGGAUUGGCGUUUGCAAGACGUUCGAUCAACUUUUGAAGCCCAGCAACAUUCAAAUGGACGAGGCAGCCUGGAUGUUUCAUCAUCGGUUUUAAUUCAGCAACAGUUCUCUUCUAACCAGAAGAGUGGACAAAACAGGAUUCCACCUGUUAGGAAGGCAGCCUUCUCGGUUGCAGAUGGACUUGGCAACACUUCCAACAUUGGUCAGCAGCUUAGCUCAUCUUUAGUGGACAAUCCAUCAAGGAUUAAGGCUGAAAGACUACCUGAUAUGGGCUUCCAGAAUGGCCUUUUCUCUGAACACUUUGGCCAGGAGGAUCUCAUGACAGCAAUUCUCAAACAGCAGCAAGGAGGCAUGGAACCCAUUGAAAACGAGUUUGGCUUCGAUGGGUACCAUCUGGAUAAUCUUCCUGUAUAGCAUGCCGGUUUGCUGUAGCUUAGUGUAUUUAAGCACUUUGUACAUAGCAGCUGAAAUUGACCUCUUGUCAUCAACCGCUAUAAGUUCUUCGUCGACUGCUUCCAGAAGUAGGAUCUUGGUACUGUCUUUGCUUUAUUAUUCUAGUGUGAAUAGUUUGCCAGGUUUCUUCUUUCAAAAUCAGAAACACAGAACAGGAAAGAGUUGAUCAGGUGGAUUAUCAGCUGUUGAAGAUGAAGGAGAAAUGCGCAUGAUAUGCAAAGCAUACCGUGCAAAAUUUUUGAUUGCUUUAGCUUUAGGUAAUUGUAGUAUGAACAUUGUACCGGGGGGAUUCUGGAAAUUUCUUCUUAUUGGGUGCUCUUCUACUUAGGUGUGAGAUGACGUACUUACCUAUCAUCAAACUCUCGAGUCUUCUCUGAUUGAAAUAAGAUGUUUUAGCAGGAUAUGUAUGUAGUAAACAGAUUGAUCUGAAGAAUUUAUCUGCUGGUCCCUCAUAUUCUUGAA